AUGUUACUCCGCCGGACUCUUGUAAAAUAUUUUGGGGUUCAAGACGCAGCGGAGUGAGGAAAAGCAACGAGCAGCAUUUCGAAGCUUUCUUUCUUUGCAUGUUUUAUAUCAGUGAAUAGCGAACAACACAGGUUCCAAUUUUUCUUCAAUCUGUUGAGUACUCCACAACCCAAUAACGAUUCAGGAAUCAUGGAAGUGGAGAAGGAAAAUACACCCUCAACCUCAACUGUUACUACAGAACCCUCUGUACCUGCCUCUGAUGGUCCAAACCCUGUUUCUUCUGCUAGUGCAUCUCUUACCCCUCCAAUACAACCUGCUAUUCCACAAGCUGUUGCUCCUUCUGCUGUACCUACUUUAGCUCCAAUUCCUGCAAUUCCUCCGCCUCGCCCACUGGCACCACUCCCAGUUCGGCCACCAGUCAUUAGGCCUCCUGUACCACAAAAUGGCGAGGUUGGAUCAAGUGACUCCGAUUCAGAUAAUGAUGAAUCGAAUGCAAGAAUCAACCAGGGUGCUGGGGAGUAUGAGAUAUCUGAAGAGAGUAGACUGGUAAGAGAGCGGCAGGAAAAGGCAAUGCAGGAACUCAUGAUGAAGAGGCGUGCUGCUGCUCUUGCUGUCCCUACAAAUGAUAUGGCUGUGCGAGCUCGGCUCCGCCAUCUUGGCGAACCAAUAACUCUGUUUGGUGAGAGAGAGAUGGAGAGGCGGGACAGGUUGAGGAUGAUAAUGGCAAAGCUGGAUGCUGAAGGCCAGCUAGAGAAGCUGAUGAAAGCUCAUGAGGAUGAAGAGGCUGCAGCUUCUGUUCCAAUGGAUGAGGCUGAGGAAGAACUGCAGUAUCCAUUUUACACUGAAGGGUCAAAGUCUCUUCUGGAUGCCAGAAUUGAUAUUGCUAAAUAUUCUUUGUCGAGGGCGGCAUCACGGCUUCAACGUGCACAGAGAAGAAGGGAUGAUCCAGAUGAAGACAUGGAUGCAGAGAUGGAUUGGGCAUUGAAGCAGGCUGGGAAUUUAAGUCUUGAAUUCAGUGAAAUUGGAGAUGAUCGGCCGCUUUCUGGUUGCUCCUUCUCAAGAGAUGGAAAAUGGCUUGCUACCUGUUCUCUGACUGGGGCUGCCAAGAUGUGGAGCAUGCCCAAAAUAAAGAAGUAUUCCACUUUUAAGGGGCACACAGAACGUGCUACUGAUGUUGCUUAUUCUCCUAAGCAUAAUCAUUUAGCAACUGCCUCUGCUGAUCGGACAGCAAGGUAUUGGAAUGAUCAAGGAUCUCUUUUGAAGACAUUUGAGGGUCAUCUUGACCGUCUUGCACGCAUUGCCUUCCAUCCAUCAGGGAAGUACCUGGGCACUGCUAGCUUUGACAAGACAUGGAGAUUAUGGGACAUAGAAACAGGAGAGGAGUUGCUUCUUCAAGAAGGUCAUAGUAGAAGUGUAUAUGGUUUAGCUUUCCACCAUGAUGGAUCAUUAGCUGCAUCUUGUGGACUGGAUGCUCUGGCUCGUGUUUGGGACCUCCGAACUGGUAGAAGUAUUCUUGCAUUGGAAGGUCAUGUUAAGCCGGUUCUUGGCAUCAAUUUUUCACCAAAUGGAUAUCAUCUAGCCACAGGCGGUGAAGACAAUACUUGUCGCAUUUGGGAUUUGAGGAAGAAGAAAUCCUUUUAUACAAUUCCUGCUCACUCUAAUUUAAUAUCACAAGUUAAAUUUGAGCCACAAGAGGGUUACUUUUUGGUAACUGCCUCAUAUGACAUGACAGCUAAGGUUUGGUCAGCCCGUGACUUUAAGCCUGUGAAAACACUUUCUGGCCAUGAAGCAAAAGUUACUUCUGUGGAUGUUCUUGGAGAUGGCGGUUAUAUCGUUACUGUCUCUCAUGAUCGCACCAUAAAGCUGUGGUCUAGUAAUAUGACUAGUGAAGAAGCUGCUAUGGAUGUGGACUAAGCCAUCUUUGAUGGGAUGCGAUUUCUGAAAGGACCUUGGUGGUGCAAAAUAGAUUAAUCAUUUUUGUUAGAAACAACAGCCUAGCUUGACUCAGUAGGUUGGAUUUAUAGUAACUAUAUAUUAGAUUGAAAAGAUGCUAUUUGCCUGUUGUAUCACGUCAAGUUCCCCAACUGAUUUCACAAUUGAGUAAAUGGAUCUUUUUAAAAUUCUUUUUUCUGGGGCAUCCUGUAUUUCUGGUGCUUUAUUUUUGUUUUCCCCUUUUAUUUAUUUUCUAAAUCCUUGUUACACUAGCAUGUUUAAAUUUAGAUGAUUCAACUGAGGGUAUUGCUUUGGUUGGUGAUACCCUCCCACUACCAAAAGGAGAAACAAGGCCGUGGCAUAAUUUGAAUAGCAGUUAAUCUUCAUUGACAUUAAUUUCUUGUCAUCCAACCAGUAGUAAUAGAAUAAACAACGGAUUUUGUCUUUAUAAGUAAAAUAUUUGUAUUUUAGUUC